CGCCCAUCGAGCUGGCGACUGCGAUAAUCCUUUAACUAGCUCAACACGCGACCAGCACAAACCGACUUACGACGUUGGAACAAGUUUCUGACCCAGCUGGCUGAUACCACACGUGACGAAUUGACGCAGCACAGUCAAACGGGCUGCGCUCUCCUGAUAUUUGUUGAAUCGCGUGCUCCGACCAGACAGCCAUAAUCAUGAGUUUCCAACCAGUCAACCCCCGCCCUUUCCUGCAGGCUAGGGUCGGUAGCGAAGUCGUCAUCCGUCUCAAGUGGGGUCAAACCGAGUACAAGGGCAAGCUGGAGAGCAUUGACUCUUACAUGAAUGUGUUGUUGAGGGACACAGAGGAAUUUAUCGAUGGAAAGAACUCGGGAACUCUGGGACUUGUGCUCAUUCGGUGUAACAACAUCCUUUGGAUGGGAUCCGCAGACAACGUUGAGAUGACGGAUCUGGGGCUGCGGUAGAGAAUAGGUUGACCGGACGUCGUUUACGAAACACCAUGCGAGGGCGUAAAUACAUAUACCAGCUUCUGUCUCCUUGAGAAAUAUACGUCGGUGAGGGUAUGGACGGACGAAAGAGAAUUGUCAAAUGAGCUUUUGAGAACUGGCUAUCACGGGCUCUGUCUAUCUUCUUGUUUCUGGCACAAGGCGUUUUCAAUGAUGGCUUCUAAAUACAACUGUUUUGGGUGACAUGGCAAUUCGACCGAGCAGACGAUGAUGAAGAGGCCUGAAACUGCGAUUUUAUGGAACAGAGGAGUUCUACUUAUCGCCUGGCAAUUCUGUCUAUCAUCAAAAUAAUGGUAAUGCCGUGCUGUUUACAAAGCACGCGGCAUGAAAGUUUCUUAAAGUGUUCGAAUAUAUAGCCACUUAGACAAGCAAAUUCAAGGAAGAGUGGUACUCAAA